UGUGCAACGAUGCCGUUUCACCAGAACUCAAAAUCCCAUUCCAAAAUAACAUCAAUACCAAGAGUCCCAGACAGCUCCACCGUCGACGGCUCCACCUCGACCAGAUCAGGUCCAAGGCGACGGCGACGGCGACUGUGAAUUUCUUUGGUCUUUCUCUCUAACUUGUGAUGAAAAUGAACAAUUUCGACAUGGAUCGGUUAAGUGAAUUGCCGGAUGAUAUUCUUGUUCCAAUUCUGUCAGUGUUGACAUUGAAAGAAGCAGGGAGGACAAGUGUUUUAUCUAAAAGGUGGAGAUAUCUGUGGACAUUUACGACUGGUAGCUUGGACUUUGAUGGGGAGGGAUUGGUUAAAACGUCUUUAAAAUUUAGAAGGCGUAGCUUUGUUAAAAUGGUGAACCACGUAUUGAAAUUGCAUCAAGGUCAUACUAUAGAUGAGUUUAGAGUUUGUUUUGAUGUGAAUGGAAUGAAAUUCAAGUCUGAAAUUGACAAUUGGAUAAGCUUUUCAUUGAGAAAGAAAGUUAAAAGACUUUUGUUGGAGUUCAAACCUAUUAUGUCAGACUUUCGUUAUACUCUUACUAUGAAAUUUCUUCAUGAAAGCUCUUCAAAUCUAUUAUGUGGGGAUUUCCUAACAGACCUCUGUUUGAGCAAUGUGGAAGUGACUGGAGAAGUUCUUGACUGUGUUUUAUCUAAUUGUCCAUCCAUCGAAGUGUUACGUGUGGAAGGCUCACAAUCUCUGGUGGAGUUUAAGCCUUCUUGCCCUUUGCUCAAGUUAAAGCAUUUAAUGAUAUUGUGCUGCAGCUUUCUUAGAAUUGUCGAAAUUUCUGCUAUAAAUCUUGUGUCAUUCAAAUAUUGUGGGAAGGCAACAAGGAUGCUUCUAGGGGAUGUUCCUAAUCUUGUUGAGAUGUAUUUGUCAUUUCAAUAUUCUGACAUUCUAGUUGACAAUCGUAUCCUGCCUUCACAUUAUUUCCCUCAACUGGAGACAGUUAUAAAUAAUCUUCUGGAGAUAUCUUUGUCAUUUCAGUAUUCUGACAUGCUAGACAAUAUUAUCCUGAAUUCAUGUUAUUUCUCUCUACUGGAGACACUUUUUCUAGAAUUACCUGCUAUGGUUGAAAGCCUCCAUUUUUGCUCUUCCUUGCUGAAUGCCUCCCCUGUAUUGCACAAAUUUACAAUCAAGUUGAUAGGGCUUGAGGAUGUAGCUGCGGAAGGAAACAGAACGGUGACGAGGGAUGAAUAUCCACACCAAUGCCUCAAGGUGUUUGAAUUGAUCGGUUUUGUUGGUUGUGCAAUUGACAUGGAGCUUGCCAUGUACAUAAUCAACAAUGUUGUGUCGUUGGAGAAGAUUAUUAUUGAUACACGAAGUCCAGAUGUGGAGGAAAUGCUACUCGAUUAUAGGGAUCAUGAGAAGAAUUUAGCAGCUAUUACUUGUGCGAGGCAACUAGAAACAAGAUUACCUCUAGGGGUGGAAUUGGUGAUAUUGUCAUAGUUUUGUAAAAUAACCUUUUUAGUGACUAAUAAGUGAGCUUAGGGAAAAAAUGAGUUUAAGUUCAACUUGGCAAGGUUAAUCACAUUAAUGCAUUGGUGGUGCAUAUCAUGCUGUGCAUUUUGGUUUU